GCUUGUGAGCACGGCCUCUGUUCCUCUGAGACAGGAAGCUCCUCGAAGUACGACUGGCUCUUCUUUCUGCAGGAAAGGAGGCUGUUCCUGGACUACUUCUGACCUGUUUUCCAAGAAAGAAUGCAUCACUCACAGAUGGAGUCUAGGGCUAUCCUCUGUGGAUUUUCCAGAACCACAGACAAGAUCACCCAGCCUCCUUUCUUUCCUCUGCCCUGACUCCUGAAAGAAUGCUGGAGAGAGGAGGGAGUGAAGUGUAGGCUCCUGGCACCAGAGCCCCACUAUUACAGGACUUAGCAGUCACCUUUCUUUUCUGUUACAAGUGGGAGAAGACUGCAGGGACCUCUGUGUCACAGACAUCAUCAUAUUCUUCUCAGAGUGCCGAGCAAAAGGUUGACAAAGAGGAGUUAUUCAUUGAAAGCAACGGAGAGACAAGAUUUAGAGUACUGGCUCUAGUAUGAAAGCUGGAUUCAGGUGCCACUCCUGCCUCUUGACUUCAUCAAGCCUCAGCUUCCUCACCUGUUAAAUGGGUACAACGAUUUUCACGAUCAUCAUUUGUUGAGAACUUCCUAAAAUGCCAGAUUUGGCCUUUCCCCAGAAGGAGGAGGACAAAAUGACCAAGUCCGAGGACGCAGUGACAUUCAAGGACGUGGCUGUGAUCUUCACUGAGGAGGAACUGGGGCUGCUGGACCUUGCCCAGAGGAAGCUGUACCGAGAUGUCAUGCUGGAGAAUUUCAGGAAUGUGGUCUCAGUGGGGCACCCAUCCUUCAAACCAGAUGGUAUUUCCCAGUUAGAGAGAGAAAACAAGCUCUGGAUAAUGAAGACAACUACCCAGAGUGAUAACUCCUCAGGAGGCAAGAAUCUAAAUGAGAUGGAGACUCUUCAAGAAAUAGGAUUAAGGUACCUGCCACGUGAAGAGCUUUUCUGCUCACAAAUCUGGCGACAAGUUACAAGGGAGUUAACCAGGUAUCAAGAUUCCAUGGUAAAUAUUCAAGGAACUGGCUCUCAGUUGGAAAAACAAGGUGAUGUACCCUGUAAAGAUGAGGCAUUCAGUAAUCAGAAUUCACAUCUUCAAGCUCACCACAGAGUCCACACUGGUGAAAAACCCUACAAAGGGGAAGAGUGUGAGAAAAGUUUCAGUUGGAGCUCUCAUCUUCAAAUUAACCAGAGAGCUCAUGCAGGAGAGAAGUCCUACAAAUGUGAAGAAUGUGAUAAUACUUUCCGUCGGUUUUCAAGUCUUCAAGCCCAUCAGAAAGUCCACAGUAAAGAGAAAUUAUACAAAUAUGAUGUAUCUUGUAAAGGUUUCAGUCAGAGGUCACAUCCUCACCGUCAUCAGAGAGUCCCCACUGGAGACAAUUCAUACAAAUAUGAGGAAUAUGGGAGGAAUGUCAGGCAAAGCUCACGUUGUCAAGCUUCUCUGAUAGUCCAUACAGGAGGGAAACCCUAUACAUGUGAGGAGUGUGGGGUAGGCUUCAGCCAGAGUUCAUAUCUUCACGUCCAUCAGAGAGUCCACACUGGAAAGAAACCUUAUAAAUGUGAAGAGUGUGGGAGGAGCUUCAGUUGGCGUUCACGACUACAGGCUCAUCAGCGAAUCCACACUGGAGAGAAACCAUACAAAUGUGAUGCAUGUGGCAAGGGCUUUAGUUAUAGCUCACAUCUUAACAUUCAUUGUAGAAUCCACACAGGAGAGAAACCCUAUAAAUGUGAGGAGUGUGGGAAAGGCUUCAGUGUGGGCUCACACCUUCAAGCCCAUCAGAUAAGCCACACUGGAGAGAAACCAUACAAAUGCGAGGAGUGUGGGAAGGGCUUCUGCCGGGCUUCAAAUCUUCUGGACCAUCAAAGAGGCCACACUGGAGAGAAACCAUAUCAAUGUGAUGCUUGUGGUAAGGGCUUUAGUCGUAGCUCAGAUUUUAACAUUCAUGUUAGAGUACACACAGGAGAAAAACCCUAUAAAUGUGAGGAGUGUGGUAAGGGCUUCAGUCAGGCCUCAAAUCUUCUGGCUCAUCAAAGAGGCCACACUGGAGAGAAACCAUACAAAUGUGGUACAUGUGGGAAGGGCUUCAGUCGGAGUUCAGAUCUUAAUGUUCACUGUAGAAUUCACACAGGAGAGAAACCCUAUAAAUGUGAGAAGUGUGGUAAGGCCUUCAGUCAAUUCUCAAGUCUUCAAGUACAUCAGAGAGUCCACACUGGAGAAAAACCAUAUCAGUGUGCAGAGUGUGGGAAGGGCUUCAGUGUAGGUUCACAGCUUCAAGCCCAUCAGAGGUGCCACACUGGAGAGAAACCAUACCAAUGUGAGGAAUGUGGGAAGGGUUUCUGUCGGGCCUCAAAUUUUCUGGCUCAUCGUGGAGUCCACACAGGAGAAAAACCAUACCGAUGUGACGUGUGUGGUAAACGCUUCAGACAGAGAUCGUACCUUCAAGCCCACCAGAGGGUCCACACAGGAGAGAGACCAUACAAAUGUGAGGAAUGUGGGAAAGUGUUCAGUUGGAGCUCAUACCUUCAAGCCCAUCAGAGAGUUCACACUGGAGAAAAACCAUACAAAUGUGAGGACUGUGGGAAGAGCUUCAGCUGGAGCUCAAGUCUUAUUGUUCAUCAGAAAGCCCAUGCUGAUGAUGAGGGUGAGAAGAACUUUCCUUCAUCAGAGGAUUCAUACAAAAAAGCGCUAUAAAAUUAUGUUUUAAUAUCUCAAAUGGGUGCUUAAAUAUUCCAAUUAUCAGAGCCAUCAUAGGAGACAAAACAUUUGUUUCAUAAAAGAGUCACUAUUUCAGCUGGAGCUCCACAUGUCACAGUGGUUAGGAGACCACACAGCAGAGAAGCCUCACGAGAGUGGAGACAUACAGACUUCAUUCAGAACCUUGACACUUAGCAGAUACAUGCAGCUGAGAGGCUCAGGAAGGAUGAUUCUGAUCUGGAGUUAACCAAAAGUACUAUGAUGGAGAUGCCAAACUCUAUUCUACUAAAAUAUAAGCUCCAAAAAGAGAGAGACUUUAUUGACUGCCAAAUCUACUCUGCCUUUUCAGUGCCUAAUAUAUUUGAAGGAGAGACCCGUCUGCGGAGGAGUAAAGGAGAAGGGAGACUGGAGAGCCUGACUUCUCAAACCGGAGGGCAGAGAGAUAGAGGGAGUGACUCUUUGACUACUGAGAGCAAAGCUCCACGUGAGUGCGACUCGGCA